GCUAGGUCCAUCCCCGAUUUGUACCCGGAUGUGUGUGGCACACUGUACAGUGGAAGUCUUCCAGUGCGUAGAAAUAGCAGGAAUGGCAUGAUCAGUAAAAUUCUAUCGAUAUUAGAUUAACUUAACUAAUAAUUUUUAAUGAGUCGCUGAACCACAAAUAAAAUGGAAGACGACCUGGUGUCAGAAGAUGAUAUCCUUCUCCGAUCAGAGAAGGAGUUCCAUGAUGCUGCUAAGAGGAAUGACACCGAAAAAAUGCAGGAACUACUGAAGAAAGGAGUGGACAUCAAGGCCAAAAACAAAAUAGACCGUAAAGCUCUACAUUGGGCAGCUGGUGCAGGAAAUGAGCAGGCUCUGCGCCUGUUACUGGACCAUGACACCGAGGUGGACGAGGAGGACAGUUUUGGCAUGAACGCUCUGUUGCUGGCAGCCUGGUUUGGUCAUCUCAAGGUCCUGCAGAUCUUGGUGGCCAGUGGAGCCAAGCUCAACUGUGAAAACAAGAAUGGUCUUAGCAUGUUACACUGUGCUGCUCAGCGAGGUCACAUCUCAUUACUGGAGUUCAUCAUGGAGGACCUGGAGGACGUGAGGAUUGACAGAGUGGACAAGUCUGGUAAGACAGCGUUUCACCUGGCAGCCGAGCAUGGCCAGCUGGAGGUGGUGGACUUCCUCAUAGGGAUGGGUUGUACACACAGCCUCAGGGACAAGAAGGAGAAUACUGCCAUGCAUCUAUCAGCCAAGCACGGACAUACAGAGGUGCUGCAGAAGAUAAUGGAGAUUGGAGUGGAUAUUGACGAGAAAAACAUAGAUGGACUGACAGCUUUGCACAUAUCUGCUGAUGGAGGUCAUUAUGAAUGUGUUCAACUACUGCUGGAGUCCAGCUGCAACGUCAACUCACUGACAAACAAGAACAUGAACGCUCUCCACUAUGUGGCUCAGCAUGGCCAUGACAGGGAGGCCAGGAUGCUGCUGGAGGCUGGAGUCAACACAGACACCGUAGACGAUCAACACAUAUCACCUAUGCACCUAGCUGUGCUCAACAAUCACACAGAGAUUGUGCAACUACUGAUAGAUGGAGAAUGUGACCUGGACAUCGUGGACAAUAGGCAGCAGACAGCCCUGCACAUUGCAGCAGAACACGGACGCCAGGACAUUGCUGAGAUGAUCCUUAUAGUUGGGGUCGACCUUAACCUCAGGGACAAGCAAGGGAAGACGUGUCUGGAGGUGGCAGCACGAGGAGGUCAUGUUGUCCUGGUGGACAUGAUCAUCAAAGCAGACCGCUUUUACAAAUGGGAGAAAGAGAACGUCAGCAGCGGUGACUCCUGGGAGGGGAGGCAGCUGAGCUUCAGGCAGGACCACCAGCAGGAGACGCAGCACCUCCGCUCUGUCAUGUGGAGGCUGGCCACAAAGCACCUGACCUACGGGGAGUGGAAGAUCCUGGCCCAGUACUGGGGCUUCACCGACGCACACAUACGUGCCAUAGAACAGCAGUGGACAGGUUCAAAGAGCUUUAAGGAGCAUGGCCAUCGAAUGCUAUUGAUCUGGUUGCAUGGAGUGAUGAUUGCCGGGGAGAAUCCAAUCAAAGGCCUGUAUGAGGGCCUGGUGGGCAUCUCCAGGACAGACCUAGCAGAAAGCAUCAGACAGAAGGCGAAUGCAGACACCAGCUCCCCCAAAAAAUGCUCUGCUAUGUGACUCCAGUGGUGUGUUGCUGACUGCAGAAAUAGGUGGACUCUAAUAGAGGAUCAUUUGUGGUGGGUCCAGUAAAGAGAAGUGGGUAUAUUCCACAUACCUCGGUACACCCUUGACUAUAUUAGUGUAUGAAGCCCUGCACAUAUGAUUUGAGGAAGUAAACACGACGGGGAUCCCAACUACACUUUCGAAAAUAUGCUCAUAAAUUAUGUCAUGUCCAAUGUUUACUAAAAUACAAACGUAAAAUGCAUGCAAUAACUUUGUAAAUGAAAAGAGUGGCUAUAUGAGGUCUGGAUGAACACUUGAUUUUGUAUAUUCAUAUUUCCAUACACAAGGGCUACUUCCUCGUACACCACGUAAAACACUGUUUGAUUUGAUUUUACCUGUGAGGCAUAUGGAUGUUUUUAUUUCGCAAAAAUGUAUCUUCCAAUAUGAAGAACAUCGGACCUCAUUUAGAAUGAAAUAGUUCUAUUUCAUAGUUAGCGUCACACUCA